GAUACCGAGAGUUUGUCAACUCCUCACACCUCACUAGCUAGAGAGAGAGCAGGGAGAAAAAAAAAAUGGAUAACAAUUUGGAAGAUCGGUUAGUCGAAGGAGGAGGAGAAGAAGACAUUGACGAGAUAAAAACUUGGGGACAGUUCGUAAAAGAAUCAGCAAUAGAAAACAAAAAACUAUGGUUAUUGGCUGGUCCUGCUAUAUUCACAACCAUUGCACAGUAUUCUCUUGGAGCCAUGACUCAAGUUUUUGCUGGUCAUCUCACUACUCUUGAACUUGAUGCCGUCUCUGUUGAAAACUCGGUCAUUGCAGGCCUUGCUUUCGGUAUCAUGCUGGGAAUGGGGAGUGCAUUGGAAACACUGUGUGGACAAGCAUUUGGAGCAAAACAGUAUCACAUGCUAGGUGUUUACAUGCAACGUUCAUGGGUCAUCCUUGGUUUGACGUGCUUUGUUGUUCUGCCGAUAUAUGUUUUUGCUACCCCGAUUUUGAGGUUCUUUGGACAAAACGAAGAGAUUGCAGUUCUUGCUGGGAGAUUCUCCCUCUACAUGAUCCCCCAACUGUUUGCUUAUGGGCUGAAUUUCCCAUUACAGAAAUUCUUACAGUCACAAAGCAAGGUCAUGGCCAUGGCAUGGAUAUCUGGAAUAGCUCUUCUGUUUCAUAUAUUCUUAAGUUGGCUUCUCAUAGUACAGUUUCAAUUAGGGCUACCUGGUGCAGCUGUAUCACUCAAUUUAUCAUGGUGGGUAGUGGUCUUGGGCCAGUUUGCAUAUGUUGUUAUGGGUAACUGUCCUGGUGCCUGGACUGGUUUUAGUUGGAGUGCAUUUCAUGAUUUGGGGGCAUUCGCUAGGCUCUCCAUUGCUUCAGCCAUCAUGAUGUGUCUUGAAUUCUGGUAUCUGAUGUUUCUCAUUGUGGUAGCUGGUCAAUUGAAGAAUGCUGCAAUAGCGGUGGCUGCAAUAUCGAUAUGCGUAAACCUGAGUGGAUGGGAAUUUAUGAUAUUCUUAGGGUUCAACGCUGCAAUUAGUGUGAGGAUUUCAAAUGAACUCGGGGCAGGCAGACCAAGGGCAGCCAAGUUCUCUAUACUAGUGGUGGUGAUGUCUGCCGCAGUGGUUGGCAUAGCUUUCAUGAUCCUUAUCUUGGCUCUGAGAAAUGUUUAUGCUCUCCCAUUUACAAAUAGUCCUGAAGUCGCGGCUGUUGUCUCCGACCUUGCCAUCAUUUUCUCUUUCACUUUGCUACUCAACAGUGUCCAACCCGUCUUAACAGGUGUGGCAGUAGGAGCUGGUUGGCAAUGGUUGAUAGCCUAUGUGAACAUUGGAUGUUACUAUAUUGUCGGUCUUCCACUGGGAUACUUACUUGGCUCCUAUCUGGACAUGGGUGUAAAGGGAGUUUGGAUUGGAAUGAUCUCCGGAAUUGGAUUGCAAACUUUGGUCCUUACUGGCAUUACCCUUGGCACCAACUGGAACAAAGAGGCUCUAAUGGCAAAAUCUAGGAUAAACAAAUGGGGAGGUUCAGUAGCUCCUCAAAUGGAUAGCCAGAAUCCAAAUUUUUCCAAGCAAAGAGAUGUGGUGUUUUAAACCAAACGGACUGUCACACGUUCAGGAGAAAAACGGUGGGUGCUCAAGAUGUAAACAUUUUACCACGCUGGAAAGAAAAAUGCAUUGAUGUUAGAGACAAGAAAAUUUCUGGAAGUAGCAGUGGAUUUUUUGUACCCUGAUAUUUUACCGUCUCUUCAUCAGUUUUUUGAAUUCCAGAGGGCAGUUCCUCUUCUUCAAAGUUCAAACUGCUCUAAAUCUUGGUCAAGACUAAUUCCCCUCUAUCUGCUGCCUUUAAUCUUAUGUUUGUCAAGUUUUUGGGUAAUCUGGUGGCACGUGAAUUAGCCUUGGCCCGUAAUUUAAUCCAUGUUCUCCUAGAUUUGUUUUUGAUGCUCUCUAUCUUAAGACGCUUAUGUUAUGCAAGUGAGGUUUUCACAACAGUGCGCCUUGAAUGAAUUUUAUCCUUUCUUCGAAUA